AUGGAUUCUAAAGAUUUGAUCAGUUGUUUUCCCGAUGAGAUCCUUUAUCUCAUCAUUACCUUCCUCCCUCUUGAAUCAGCUGUCCAAACCACUGUUCUUUCUACUCGAUGGAAAGAUCUUUGGAAAAAGGCUUUUGUAUAUGGAAGUAUAGAAGAUGCUGUUGCUAAUGUAUUUAGCCUUCUUAAUGAUUUUGCUGAACUUCGUCCACUAAGAAGUAAGUGGGGAUUCCAGUUUAACAUUGGACAAGGUAGAGCCCUCUUUGCUGCCAUUGCGCCUGAUGAUGCACUCCACCUUGAUUUCUCUACUGGGGAACAAGGAUUAUCGAGAUCAUUUGAUUGGUUGUUACCGUUGAAUCUUCCGGUACGUGACAAAUGGCCAUUUCCCUACAAAAAAGAUAAGCUAUUGGAGCUAAAUCUCCCAUUGCAGCAGUUCAAAAUAAAAGCUCUGUAUCUAACAUCAGUAUGCCGCCUUUUCAGUAAGGUGCUUACAUCUCUGGUGUCGUAUUUACCAUUUCUUGAGAGUUUGACUAUUGCAAAGUGCAAUGGAGUACAAUCUUUAGAUAUAGAAAAUGCAGCUAGGCUUCAAAAAUUAACUGUCUUGGAUUGCCCACAAUUAGAAUAUUUCUGUUUUGGAGGUUCCAGUAGCUUAAAGUCUUUCCACUAUCGAGGCAGAUUGGUUUCUUUUCGGUUUAAACCGUCCUGCAAAUAUAAUUUUCAUCAAUCGCUUUCACAUUUUUGUGACUGUGGAGUCCAAUUAGAAGAUGCCAUGCUUGAUUUCAGACAAGGCCCUCUAACACGAUGGACAUGGGACUUUGAAAUGCCUACCAGUGUUGGUCCUAAUGGAUUCUACAAAAUCUGCAAUUGUGGUAGCACCACCUUGUUUCAAUGCUGCAAAUUAAUUCUGGAUAGCGUACGUUGUGCUGAAUCUCUAACAAUGUGCAGAUGGCUUUACGAGAAAUCAUUUUGCAAGAAGUUACCCUCUUCAAGGACAAACCUAGGGUUUUAUUUGUUGCUGCUCAAAGAGCUUAGGUGGAUUGAUUGUUCAGCGGAGAGAGAAAAUAUCAAUGCCCUACUUUGCUUUCUGAAGUUCUGUCAUAACUUGGAAAGACUAUAUGUGACUAUUGAUCCUAAAUGCUAUAACUUGCCUAGCACUAAAAGAUUCUCAGCUAUGAUCAAUGUUCCUGAUUAUAAACUCAAAGAUCUCAAGUUUGUCAAAGUAGAAGGAUGUGCAGAUGAGACCACAGAGACUCUCUUUGCAAGGCGGUUGAUACCUUUAUUUCCAAGGACUCCACUAAUUAUAUCAAAACCAUAUGGGAGUCGUUUGAGGUGUCUAGUAAAGGUGCCUAAGUUGGAGAAGAAAGGGAAGUAUCCUUACAAGUUUAAAGUGGUUGAAAAGCUUCCUGAAAUUUACUCUGAUCAUGUUCAUAUGAACGUUUAA